GCUCAAUAUCAUUGCUGAUAAACUGAGUAAGAAUCUAGUGUCAAAAACCAAUGUUUCAGAACGAAAGAAAACACUGGUUCUUGAAAAAAGCAAUAAAGAUAUUAACUAUCAUAAAAUGGCAUUGGAAAAUCAUAUUAGUAGUUUGCAAACAGAGGUUCUAGAUACAAAGCAUUCGGUUGCAAAACGUUGUUUAAAUAAUUUUUUGAAGGAAGCGUCUCUUCGAAAGCGUAAAUUUAAAAUGCAUAAUGAAUUACUUACUUGGAUUGGAAAAUAUGAUCAAGAAAUGAUUUCCAUGGAGGAAGAAAUCGACAAAAUUAAAGUGGCUAACAUCCGUCAACAAAGCAAAAUUGAAAAAAUAACGCAUCGCAUCAGUGAAGUUAAAGAAAAAUAUGAAGCUAUAAUGGUUGAGAGAGGAAAGAAGCUGGAUGCAAUUCGAAUUAAAGAGAGUGAUGUUAGACAUUUUGCAGCAAUUAAAAUUCAAAAAAUAUUUAGAGGGCAUAUGACGAGAAUAAAUAAUAAAAAAAUUAAUAAAAAUUUUAUAAAUUUUAAAUAAGCUAA